AUGUUCCAGGCAACAAUCGAAAUAAUACUUGUGGUGUUGGCGUUGGUGCAGGUUCCGAUUAUGUUGUUUGGGAAACCAUAUUUUCUGUAUCGCCGAGACAAGCAACAAUCGAGAUAUAGCACUUUGACAGCAGAGUCACAUCAACAUCAGAGUGUUCGUGCACCAGAAUAGAAUCUAAAACCAAGUGGAGGUCACGGACAUGGACAUGGUGAUGGGCCACUUGAGAUGGGGGAUUUGAUGGUCUACCAGGCUAGUCACACAAUCGAAUUUGUUCUUGGAUGUGUGUCACAUACAGCUUCAUAUCUUCUUUGGGCUCUUUCAUUGGCUCAUGCUCGAAAAAAGCUGGAUGAGUACAAAUGCGUCGAAAAUGUUGUUAUUUCGGCUUUUUUGUUGAUUUUGUUGUCCAGUUGUUAUUCUUGUUAUGUUUUGAUUUAA